AAUGGACUAGAACACCAUGUUUCCCUUCUACCAAGUGGUCUUAACCCAGAGGUCAAACGUACAGUGAUACUGCGGCUGUGAUUCCCGGGAGGAAAUUACCUUGGCUAAACUGUCACUUUGGUGCAAACUCAGAAGCAGAUGGACCAGCUUUUUGUGGUCUGAAAGCACUCUGAGGCCCCAGAGACGCGCCCCUCGGGGUCUCGCAACCCGCUGGACUCGAGGCCGCGGCCGUCAUCGCCCCACAGUCAGUGCCCGCUCCUCGCUGACGUCAGUCGGAGCUGUCCUGGCGCUAUAUAAGGCUGGCGGCGGUCCCGGGACAGACCCCGUGUUCCCCAAGGCACCCUCAGCCCGCCCCGAGGGACAGACUGGAGCCCCGUCCCGGGCUGUGCAGCCGCUCUUCCCGCAACCCGGCCCGUGGCACCAUGAGGCUGGCCGGACGCGCGGCGCUGCUGGCGGCGUUGCUGCUCCUGGCACAGCUGCGCCGGGGGAGCAGCCAGUGGAGCCCGGAGGAGGCGGCGGCCAGGGUCCAGGACCCGAGUCUGCGCUGGAGCCCCGGGGCUCGGAACCAGGGCGGUGGAGCCCGCGCGCUCCUCUUGCUGUUGGCUGAGCGCUUGCCCCGCCGCCCGGGGACAGGCGGAUGGGGACCCGGGACCUCAGGCGAGCGGCCGCGACGGGACGACCCUCCACUGUCCAUUGACCUCACCUUCCACCUGCUGCGGACCCUGCUGGAGAUGGCGCGGACUCAGAGCCAGAGGGAGCGCGCAGAGCAGAACCGCAUCCUAUUCGACUCGGUGGGCAAGUGACCGGCGGGGCCCGGAAACCUCGACCCCC